ACGUCUGACGAAUCAACGCGCUUACAGCUCAGGCCAAGGCGGAAGCACAUGCUAGUGAGCUUCUUCUGUUGUCAUCUGUGACAUGUCGUGGCAAGAGUAGUUUUGUCUUUGCUGUCUUUCACAUUUAAAGACAGCGGAAGAAAAAGAAGAAAUGGCAGCCACGCUAGCGGCACCCGUCGCCCACGCGGACCACGAGGCUGACCGCUGUACGAGCGAGGAGGAGAAUCGUGCGGCCGAGGCGCUGGAGGAAGGCGUUCAGCAGCAGGCGACGGGCACCGCGGCCGCCGUGGGCCACAGCCGGCUGUCCAAGCUACCACUGACCCGUAUCAAGGCCUUGAUGAAGACUGACCCAGACGUGUCCCUCGCCAGUCAAGAAUCUGUCUUCAUCAUCGCUAAAGCCACGGAGUUGUUUGUUGAGAUGAUUGCAAAAGACGCUAUGGUAUAUGCUCAGCAAGGCAAAAGAAAGACAUUGCAAAGAAAAGACCUGGACAAUGCAAUCGAGGCCAUAGAUGAAUUUGCAUUUUUAGAAGGCACGCUGGAUUAAAUGGUUCCUCAUGAGAUGGAAGCACCAAAUUGAAAUCAUCCAAGAAACUUUUUAUUUUUAUGGAUGUGAUACAAUGUGAAAACCUCUGGGCUACUUUUUGGGUUUUUUUUUUCCCCAGAAUUUGAAUAUUUAAUUCUGGGUUUCCACAAAGUAUUUUUGAUGGGGAUAUGUCAUUCUUUACAUUUGAAACGUGUGGCCAUUACAAGUGUACAUUAAUUUGUAAAUAUUGGUGAAAUGUUGCUUUUCCGUGAAAUAAAUGACUUCCUACUUUUUUUUUCAUUCUGAAUAAGUUAUUGCAUUAUUAGUAUGUAUGAUAAUUGCACUGCAUGUUUUCCAUGGGAUGUACUAUGGCUCAUGCAAAUUACAUUUGGAUCAUUAUUAAUUUUUAUAAUACUAGUUCGGGCAUAAGAUUAGAAACUGGCAUACAAGGAGCAUCAUAGUUUAUCAAAUAGUUCUGUUAUUUUCAUCUUGUUAGGACGUUCAUUCAUUUUCAUUCGCUUAUCCUCCUUAGAUUCAAAGGUUAGCUGGGAUCUAUCCCAGUGGCGUACAACCUGGACUGGUCACCAGUCAUUCAAUGUGGCAUUACUGUGGGAACAAUUUGUUUCUUUGCAGAAAGUUAUUUUAAAUGUAUCCAUUUGAAGUAAACUCCACUAUUGUCAACUUCAUGGGCUCAAACAAAUACUUGAUGUUUACCAUCAAUUCGGGUGGCCAUGUUAAAGGCUCGUCACUAAAGUGAUCGCUGUCCAAGGUGCUGGCUGUGUGAUGCAUCACUUUGAAAUGCAUGCGUAUACAUCAGGAUUUAAAAAUGGUCUCUGAACAUGGGGGGCGAAAAAAUUACGGUCCUGCAUUUUGGGCAAGAGCCAUAGUUGCCGAUGGACUUGCAGUCAUUUAUUGAACUGGGCAAAUAGCCAAACAAAUACAAAAUGCGAAGUAGCUGCUGUAGGCCACAGCUCACCCUCGGACACUUACACACGGACUAACUGGCAACGUUUGGCCAGCUUGACUAUCUGACUUUCGGGUUGUCUCAAAAUAAUUACAAUAAUUUCACUUUCCGAAGUUGCAUUUGAUUAUUUUAUUUCUUUUCCCACAACUACAUGUGGAAUUCCCGACAUUGCUGGAGGCCUUUUGCACACUUACAUUGAAAUACAAACAUUUGUUGAAACGGUGGUUGAAUGUUUUUGCGCCACACAGUGACUGUUGUGUGACAGAAAAAACAAAACAAGUUUUCAAGUUUGCGUUCGGAAUGUUCUCAGAUGUCCCCGAGUGUUGUUCUUGCUGACUGCAUUCGUUAAACACAUCCAAAGUGCUCUCGUUCACACUCAAAGCACAGCCAAGCCCUCAGCCAAGCCCCCGUGAGUUGAUGCACAACGAAUUUUCCAAAUAAAUGUCUGAGUGUACUUUCUGGGUUGAGCGUUUCAGCCGGCGAUGAAACAGCUGUGAGAAUCGCAAAUGUUUGGUUCCAACAGUGCACUAGUCAACUAGAGGAAUGCCUUACUGACACAUACAA